AUGCUAGAAGCCGAGGCAGAUACGGACAUAGAUCACACCUACUUUGCAGAGGAUCUUCAAAAAAUGGAUAGCUGCAGACGCGAUUUUAUUACCUAUUGGGAAACCUUGUACGAGUCUAAUGAGACCUGGGAGUCGUUGUUCGAUAACAUCGCCCUUGACCGCUCGUCAAUUUCCAAGCUGUUUCAAGUCGUCGCCAAGUUUCUGGUCAGCAGAGUAUUACUGAAUGUUGGCAAGCAAGGUAAUAUCCAUCAUGAGAACAACCGAAUUAUUUAUGGCACUUUCAUAAAAUGGACGGCGGUAUCUCUGCUAUGGGUUAAGCAAAAGGUCAGCAAAAGAAGACUAGACGGCUGUGUCAUUUUAGAUGGCUUCAACAAAGACGAAAAGGACGGCUUAAAGUUCAGGCUUGCUGAAUAUUGCAAAGCUCGUGGAAUUUAG